CUGACUUCCGACUCAGUACUACUGCUAUCUAAUGUCUAUCCUUCGAUUCUCAGCUUGAAUAAGGAUCGAGAAACGUACCAAGAUCCCCCAUUGUGUCCGGCCAUCGAAUGUCACACCUGGUCAAUUCGAGCAUCAUGGGAACAGAACAAGAAGUACUGGUGGUCGGUAUCGGCGACUUGGAUGACGGCCAUCGUAGCGUUUCCUUCAACCAGUCUGCUUCAGCUAUGACUUUCCAGAUGAUGCUCGAAUCAGCCAACCUUAUGUCCUUGCCGAUCGAGAUUGCAUGGGCAGUACUUUCUCAGCUUCACCCAGCGGAUUUGGUUCGCCUGUGUCGUACAGCCAAAGCCUUCCGCGAUAUGUUGAUUUCGGACUCCAGCGAAUCUAUCAAGAUUUGGAAGGCUGCGCGAGAAGUGCACGGUGACAUUCCAGCGCCUAUGCCCGGGGUCUCGGAGUUCCGAUGGGCAACUUGGUUGUUUGAGAACCCUCCUUGCGAGGUCUGCAAUCAUCGAAUAUCGCAGUGGCAUCUCGACGUCUACUUAUCGAUAGGGCAUCGGGUGUAUGAGAAGUGCUUUUGGAAGAAAUGCAAGAACCUGCAUAUCAGGUCACGCAAGCGGAAUAAUCAUCUUUCCCGUCGUGAAGCAAGAGAUCUUAUUCCUGCCUUUCCAGUUCCGCCUACCGAAUACGCCUCUGAUUGGGAGGGAUUCACACGCGGUGGGCUAGAAAAGCCGCACCGUAUGUACUACUGGCACGCGGAUAUAAACGAGGUGUUAGAUACCCUACGAGCGUUAGAAGGAGACAUUACACUCAACAAGCCCGGGGCGCAACAAGCUCUCAGCGAGUACAAGGAUCAUCGUAAAGAGCUCGUUCGUUUAUACGUUCAGGGGUACAUGGACUUUGAAUGCUGGAGGGAGCAAGAAGCGCCCCGGGUUCGCGCCAAGAAUUGCGAGAGAUUACAGAAUUACAUUGCUACACUAGGUCAUAGCUGGUCUGAUUUUAUGCUCGUCCAGUAUCAUCAUCCUCGACCUUUCCACAAUCAUCUCUUCAGUCGCGAUACGGAGCUAAGAUAUGAAGAGUGGAUAAAAGAGGAACCUUUGGUAUUUGAAUAGCUUGAGCGCUGGGCGGCAAAUCGUGAUGUCACCAGACGUCAUAACCUCUUGUCCGGUAGACGUUCUGAAGUGAAGAAACA